AUGGACAGCAAAGGGUCAUCACCAAAAGCAGGGUCACUCCUGCUGCUGCUGCUGCUGGUGUCAAACCUGCUCCUAUGCAAGAGCGUGGCCGCUCUGCCCAUCUGUCCCAGCGGGGCUGUCAACUGCCAGGUGUCCCUCCGGGACCUGUUUGAUCGUGCAGUCAUCCUGUCUCACUACAUCCAUAAUCUCUCCUCAGAAAUGUUCAGCGAAUUUGAUAAACGGUAUGCCCAGGGCCGGGGGUUCAUAACCAAGGCCAUCAACAGCUGCCAUACUUCUUCCCUCUCUACUCCUGAAGACAAGGAGCAAGCCCAACAGAUCCAUCACGAAGACCUUCUGAACCUGGUACUUAGAGUGUUGCGGUCCUGGAAGGACCCUCUGUAUCAUCUAGUCUCCGAAGUGCGUGGCAUGCAAGAAGCCCCGGAUGCUAUCCUGUCAAGAGCCAUCGAAAUUAAGGAACAAAACAAACGACUUCUAGAGGGCAUGGAAAAGAUAGUCGGCCAGGUUCAUCCUGGAGUCAAAGAAAAUGAGGUCUACUCUGUUUGGUCGGGACUUCCAUCUCUGCAGAUGGCCGAUGAAGACACUCGCCUGUUUGCUUUUUAUAACCUACUCCACUGCCUACGCAGGGAUUCGCACAAGAUUGACAACUAUCUCAAACUCCUCAAAUGCCGAAUCAUCUAUGACAGCAACUGCUGAGCCCACAUCCAUUCCAUCUGUUUCUGAGAUGGUUCUUAACGAUCCAUCCCAUAACAAGUUUCUCUUAUUAUACAGCUUUU